AUGUCCAACAUGUCCGAAUCACAAGCCCCUAAGAAGAGAGCUGCCUGCGAUCGCUGCCGCACCCAGAAGCUGCGAUGCCUGCGAGUACCAGGCCAUCCCACCGACUCGUGCAUCCGAUGCGUACGCUCGCAGAUGGAAUGCAUCACCAGCUCGUCCAAGCGUCCUGGCCGUCCAAGGAACCCUGCAAAGCACCCCGAUGCAGCUGCUUCGGCCGCCACUGAAACGAACCCUGCACUGCCUGCGGUGGAUAUACAGAUACAGUCCCUCGAUUCUGUUGACGACUGGUUCAACUUUGGCUCCCUGGAGACUGACUAUGACAUCUGUUCUGCUGCGUGGAACUCGGUGGAUUCAGGGUUCCCUAUGGAGGGCAUCGCUACAGCACACUCCAUAUCUUCAUUAUCCACGCCUCCUCCUCUCGUCCCUUCCACCACGCCCACCUUUGUCAACACCGUUACUGCCGAUACAAGCCUGGAUGAGCAGUCUGCCCACGAGGCUGAGCAACAAGACGCAGAGAUGCUGCAGCUGCAGCUCCUGGCUCCUCAGCCCUUUAUCGGCAACUUCGACCACGGCUUGCGUCUUUCAAUGCUGCAACGCGAGCUCUCCAAGCAACUAUUCACACUGAACUCCAUGCCCUGGGACCUGACUAGAGUCAUGCGUUUAACCUGCCUGCACGACAUGGACCAGUCCAGCCCCGGCCAUGGGGGUUCCAAAUCAAAUCCAUUAGCAAGGAUCGCCAAAAGCUCAGCGGAGUUCGCACAGCUUCUCUGGUCUGUCCAAACCCCAAUCGCAGGCGAUGGGGGAAACAGCACAUCGAAGAGCUCAAGUCCACUGUCUUCCAUCCAUCCACGCAUGAGCAUGGCGGACCUGCUCACCAUCCUGUCCUGCCACAUGUUGACCAUCUCCAUCUAUGAUUCGAUCUUCUCUCAUUUCACCGAACAGGCCUCGCACAACCCGGGCGCCGUCAAUAUCGUCCUGCAGUCAGCGCCGAAGCUGUUCCUCGGGGGCAUCGCGGUCCCGCCGCGGCUGGAGAUGCUGAGCCACCUGCUCUACUGCGUUGCAAGCAGUCAGCUUCGGCCGAUAGAAAUGCUAUUGGGUCUCCCCGAUGAGUGCUGCGUCUCGCUGAAGCGAAAUAGUGCCAACAAGGAAAAGCAAACAGGCCUGUUCAAUGGGCAGAGUGGCCAGCUGCUGUUCUCCACCCUGAUGCAAGUUGAGACGGAGAGGGCAAAUGAAGAACGCGGUGGCUUGGGCGUGAUCGAGUCGCUGAAGGAGAAGAUACGGCGGAUCCAGAGUCUCGAGUGA